AUGCGGUGGGCGCGCGAUCCGCCCGCACUACGUAGCGCCUACGCAGCCGCCGACGGGGAGUUCCGGUGGAGGUGCCGUGCGGGCCCUGGCGACGGGGCCGCCUUCCUUCUCCAGCCGCGAAAAGUUGGCGACAGCGACGGGCGGGAUGGGACGGGGGACGGGGGACGGCGUGAAGUCGAUCGGCGCCGGCCAGAAAGAUACAUCAUCGGAGAUACUGAGAUGGGCAAGCCGGGAGGCCCGCUGAGUGCCGAGCCGGAGCUCAAGAUGAUCACGCUGACCAAGGACGACGAGUUCCUCAUCAUCGGCAGCGACGACAUUUGGGACUACUCCAACCAGAACUCGGUGGACUUUCCGCGGCGGAGGCUCCAGGAGCACAACGACCUCCAGCGGUGCUGCAAGGAGAUCGUGGAGGAGACGAUCCGGCGGGGCGCCACCGACAACCUGACGGCGGUCAUGGUCCCGUUCCACCAGGAGGGCCCUCCCCAGAUCAGGGUGAACAGGAUGGGUAGGGUCGAGCGGAGCAUCUCGGCCGAGGAGCUCCAUAGCCUCAUGGUGCUCCUGGAAGACCAGUGA